CUGAUUUGUGGGCACAUAUGCUCCCAGGGACUGCAAGGGUUACUUUAGGGCCGGCUGCCCCGCGGAACCGGUGGGAGUUGCGAACCCCAGCUCCGCGAAGCAUGCCGGGAGUCGUAGUCAGCGCCCAUCUGCCUGUGGGAGCCCCCUGGGAGUUGUAGGCCUCAGCCCUGUGGAGCAUGCUGGGAGUUGUAGUCCGCGCCAACCUGCGGCGGGGUCUGCGUAUUAUGGCCGCCCACGCCGCGCUCCCGUCCUCUUCCGCUUGGCCUCAGAAAGUUUCGGUUCUGUCCCGCUGUGGACCUACGAGCGCGUGCCACCAUGGAGUCUGACCUCUGCUGAGCAGACCCGGCAGGAGGCACACGGCCAGGAAAGGCGGCCACAGCGGUCACCAUGGCAUCCACCAGCGCGGAGAGCCAGCUGCAGAGAAUCAUCCGCGAUUUGCAAGAUGCUGUGACAGAACUAAGCAGAGAAUUUAAGGAAGCAGGGGAACCCAUCACAGAUGACAGCACCAGCUUGCAUAAGUUUUCUUACAAACUUGAGUAUCUCCUUCAGUUCGAUCAGAAGGAGAAAGCCACGCUCCUGGGCAAUAAGAAAGACUACUGGGACUACUUCUGCGCCUGUCUGGCCAAGGUGAAAGGAGCCAAUGACGGGGUCCGAUUCGUCAGGUCUAUUUCCGAGCUCCGAACAUCUCUGGGAAAGGGAAGAGCAUUUAUUCGCUACUCCUUGGUGCACCAGAGGUUGGCAGACACCUUACAGCAGUGCUUCAUGAACACCAAAGUGACCAGUGACUGGUACUACGCAAGGAGCCCCUUUCUGAAGCCAAAGCUGAGCUCUGACAUCGUGGGCCAGCUCUAUGAGCUGACCGACGUCCAGUUUGACCUGGCAUCGAGGGGCUAUGACCUGGAUGCUGCCUGGCCGACGUUUGCCAGGAGGACCUUGGGCACUGGCUCUUCUGCUUACCUAUGGAGACCCCCCAGCCGAAGCUCCAGCAUGAGCAGUUUGGUGAGCAGCUACCUGCAGACUCAGGACAUGACCUCCAACCUUGACCUGAGCAACCCCUUAAACAAUGAGGCCCUGGAGGGCUUUGACGAUAUGCGGCUGGAGCUGGACCAGCUGGAGGUGCGGGAGAAGCAGCUGCAGGAGCGGAUGCAGCAGCUGGACAGAGAGAACCAGGAGCUGAGGGCGGCUGUCAGCCUGCAAGGAGAGCAGCUGCAGGUGGAGAAGGACAGGGGUCGCGCUGCCGCUGAGGACAACCUGCGCCUCGCUGGCAUGGUGGCCGCGCUCCAGAAGCAGUGGGAGGUCACCCAGGCCACAGAGAACACCGUGAAGGAGCUGCAGACGUGCCUGCAGGCCCUGGGGCUGGGUGCCGCUGAGAAGGAGGAGGAUUACCACUCUGCCCUGCGGCGGCUGGAGUGCAUGCUGCAACCACUGGCUUGGGAGCUCAAGGCCACACGGGACUCCCUGGGCAGUAAGGAGCAGCACUCAGCUGAUGUCCCAGACCAGCUGGGUGUGGCCAAGCAGAAGGCAGACACAAACGCAGAGGGACAGCAAGAGCAUGGCCCCAAUGACUUGGCCCUGGAGAUCCAGAAGCUGGGGGAGAAGCUCCAGGCCCUCGAAGGGGAGCACACCCAAGUCCAGGAGCUCAGCAGGCAGCAGAGUGCCCAGCUGGAGCAGCUGACCAAGGAGCUGCAGCUGAAGGAGGAGGCCCGGGCCAGCCUGGAGCGCCUGGUGGAGGAGAUGGCCCCACUCCGGGAAGAGUUGUCCCUGAAGGGGCAGGAGGCAGCCCAGCUCCAUUGCCAGCUACAGGAGUCGCUGGCCCGCUUGAGCUUCCUGGAGGAAGAGCUUGCGGAGGUGAGGCGAGAGGAGCAGCGGCAGCAGGAGGAGAAGGAGCUACUGGAGCAGGAGGCUGGAUCCCUGACACGGCAGCUGCAGCUCCUGGAGACCCAGCUAACACAGGUGAGCCAGCACGUGAGUGACCUGGAGGAGCAAAAGAAGCAGCUCAUCCAGGACAAAGACCACCUCAGCCAGAAGGUGGGGAUGCUGGAGCGACUUGCUGUGCAGCCAGGCCCAGAUCUGCCUGUGGCGGGUGAGAAGACUGAGACUCUGAGCUCCCCCUUGCAGCGGGCCUGCGAGAAGCUGGAGGAGGAUCAGAGGGGCCUGCAGGAGGGACAGACAGAUGAUCUCAAGAUGCAAGGGGGCAGCCAGGAGGAGAGGCUCCAACAGGCCAACAGAGAGCUGGAGAAGGAGCUGCAGAGUGUGGUUGAGCGCAACCAGCUGUUGGAGGAUAAGCUUCAGGCCCUGCAGGCUGAUUACCAAGCUCUGCAGCAGCGGGAGGCAGCCAUCCAGGGCUCCCUGACCUCUCUGGAGUCAGAGCAGGCCAGCAUCCGGCACAUGGGAGACCAGAUGGAGGCGAGCCUCCUGGCUGUGAAGAAGGCCAAGGAGACCAUGAGGGCCCACAUAGCAGAGAAGGAGGCUGCCCUGCAAAGCAAAGAGGCCGAGUGCCAGCAACUGCGGGAGCAGAUGGAGCAGUGCCGGCAGCUGGCAGAGGCCCGGGCAGGGGAGCUCAGAGCUCUUGAAGGCCAGUGCCGCCAGCAGACCCACCUGAUCGAGACCCUCACAGCAGACAAAGGCCACCAGGGGCUCAGCCCACCUCAAGACCACACACCCCAGGAGCUCUCAGCCCAGCUGGCUCUGUCUCAGGUGCAGCUGGAGAUCCAUCAGGGAGAGGCCCAGCGACUGCAGGUGGGGAUGGUGGACCUCCAGGCCAAGCUGAAGGCAGCCCUAGGGGACCAGGAGAAGGUGCAGAGCCAGUUGAGUGUGACCGAGGCCGCUCUGAGGGAGCACAAGGCCCUUGUGCAGCAACUGAAGGAGCAGAAUGAAGCCCUCAACAGGGCCCAUGUCCAAGAACUACUGCAGUGCUCAGAGCGCGAAGGGACACUACAGGAGGAGAGGACUGGCGAGGCCCAGUGGAGGGAGGAGGAACUCCAAGCCCUGCGGGAAGAGCUGUGCCACGCAAAAUGCAGCUCGGAGGAGGCCCAGCUGGAACACGCGGAGCUGCAGGAGCAGCUGCACCGGGCCAACACCGACACGGCCGAGCUCGGCAUCCAGGUCUGUGUGCUGACUGCGGAGAAAGAGCGGAUGGAAGGGGCGCUGGCUCAUGCUGUCCAGGAGCUUCAGGAUGCCAAGGAGGCAGCCUCCAGGGAGCGGGAGGGCCUGAAACACCAAGUGGCAGAGCUGCAGCAAGAGAAGGAGAGCUUGCAGGAGAAGCUGAAGGUGGCCAAGGAGGCAGCCAGCUCACUGCCUGGCCUGCAGGCACAGCUGGCCCAGACCGAGCAGCAGGCCCAGAGCCUCCGGGAGACUGCAUGCCAGGAGCUUGACACCCUCAAGUUCCAGCUGAGCACCGAGAUCAUGGACUACCAGAGCAAACUCAAGACCUCCAGUGAGGAGUGCAGGAGCCUCAGGGGCCAGCUGGAGGAGCGAGGCCGGCAGCUGCAGGCCGCUGAGGAGGCUGUGGAGAAGCUGAAGGCUGCCCAGGCAGACAUGGGAGAGCAGCUGAGCCGCACCAGCAAGCACCUCGCAGAGUGCCAGGCCGCCGUGCUGAGGAAGGACGAGGAGGGGGCUGCCCUGCGCCGUGACUUGGACAGGACCCAGAAGGAACUUGAAGAAGCCAAGACAAAGAUCCAGGAGUAUUACAACAGACUUUGCCAGGAGACGAGAGACCGGGAGAAGAACGACCAGAAGAUGCUCGCUGACCUGGAUGACCUGAAUAGAACCAAGAAGUACUUGGAGGAGCGUCUGAUAGAGCUGCUUAGGGACAAGGAUGCUCUCUGGCAGAAGUCAGAUGCCCUGGAAUUCCAACAGAAGCUCAGUGCUGAGGAGAGGUGGCUUGGGGACACAGAGGCAAACCACUGCCUGGACUGCAAGCGGGAGUUCAGCUGGAUGGUGCGGCGGCACCACUGCAGGAUAUGUGGCCGCAUCUUCUGUUACUACUGCUGCAACAACUACGUCCUGAGCAAGCACAGUGGCAAGAGGGAGCGCUGUUGUCGGGCCUGCUUCCAGAAGCUGAGCCAAGGUCCUGGCUCCCCUGACAGCACCGGCUCGGGCACCAGCCAGGGAGAGCCCAGCCCCACCCCGUCACCAGCCCAAGCUGGGCUCCAGGCUUCCGGAGGCCAAGGUGCAAACACAGACUGCAGGCCGCCCGACGACGCUGUGUUUGACAUCAUCACAGAUGAGGAGUUGUGCCAGAUACAGGAGUCCGGCUCCUCCUUGCCUGAAACACCCACCGAAACGGAUUCUCUUGAGCCAAAUGUGGCCGAACAAAACACUGCCUUGAAACCUUUCCUGCCAUGUGAGCCUGCAGCGUUCUCCCCGAACCCCACGGCCCAGUGGUCCCCCGGGCACAUUCCGUUUCAUUUGCGCUAAACCACACUGUGCCGUUGUCACCUGGCAACUCUUCCCUGGCUGUGCCUCCUCGACUCCCAGCCAGGGGGGAAGGGGGUCAGGUGAGCAGGAGAGCAGGACCAGAGCCUGAGAGCUGGACUCUUACCUGUGUGAGAAAGUGCCCCCUGCAGCUCCCGCCUUCUCUUCACCCCUCACCUUCCCCUUUCCCAGUAGGAACAAAAAUAGGUCUUCUGACUGCUGACCAAUAGAUGUGUUUUCGGACAUGGGAAAUCAGGAAGCACUGCAGUGAAAGAGAACUGCCAGCAUGCCGGCCCGAGGCCUCCAAGGCAGAUCCAGGGCUGACGGACGGACAAACAGACAGGCUGCAGUCCCCGCACUCCAUCUCUUUAGGAGUUAGGUCAGUUCUGGGCCUGCUCCAUCUCACCCCUUCCUUGCGUGUUAGCUGAAGACAGACCCCUGUGUCUCCAGUGGCUUUUUCUUUGUCUUUUUUCUUCCUAAGCUUAAGACCAAUCAAAACCAUCAAGAGUCUGAGAAAGUGUGGCAGAUAUAGAGCCUGAAUUUGUGUAAGCAUCCCUGACAAGAAACUUUGAGAAAGAAAUCAGCAAGUCUGAAGUAGGAUGUGGUCCUAGAGAGGUUGAACCGUGUGAAACUCCUAAUCUGGGGGAAAGGAGGCUGCUUGGAGGCAGUGUUGUUAAAAGCACCUUCCCUGUAUAGUUGCUUUUGCACAUGACCUCACUCAGUCCCUACCUAACCCUUCAAGGAGUAGGGAUCAUGAUCGCCUUGUUCCAGGUCAAGAUGCUAAAGCCUCAGGAGGCCAGGUGACUUGCUGAAGUUCAGGUGACUAUAAGCAUCAAAACUAAGCUUCACACCCAGAACCCCUCCCUCCAGUCCACAGGCAGGAGAUUCAUUUUGGGAGUAUGGCUCCUCUCGAGGUCCCCAUGUCCCCAUCUGUACAUCAAAAACCUGUCCACCUUCCCUGCUCCUUUGCCCAGUCCUUUCCCGGCAUGCACAUGCUCAGGGUCAACACAGUUGUCUGCCUUGCCCCUCCUGGCCACAGUGGGGCAGGAACAGGUCUCAGAACCCAGGCUCUUGGGGAGACCUGGUGGGACACUGCAGAUCCCUAAGCAGCCUCCCGGUGGCCCCCAAAAGUGGCUCAGGAGCACAGUCGAUCACCUCAGGUGAAAAGGUCAUAUUCUCCAGGACCCUGCAGACGUGCCUAUACACAGCCCUCUCCCCCCUCACCCAGGCCCACCUUAGCCAUCUCCAUGACCAGGUGCCAGCUGCUCUCAGGCCCAAGGCAGGCAGAGAACCAAAUGAAGCUCUGUCCAACAGCAGCAGGGCUGGCCUGGGGUCUCUUGGCCUCUGCUUAGCUUCCAUCAGCCAUGGCCUUCUCAAGGCCCAGCUUCACUUCCUGAUUUCCAGACAAGCAGACUGUGGCCACAAGGAGCUUAAGUUCCAGGGUCAGACACGCCUGGUCUGGUUCUGGUCUGCACCUCCAGGUUCCAUCGCUUUGGGCCCCACAGCCCUGAACUCAUUCCCUCCCUCGUCCGGAUCUUAAGAGACGGGGGUGGCACCCACCCCCUGGGGUUAUUAGGAGAAUGGACAUGAUGUAGGAAAUUGUCCGUGGAGGUGCAUUGUUUUCAUGGUGUUUUCCCUGAGCUGUAGGGUCAGGAGCCACACUGCGGUGUCUACUGCUGUGGGCCCUGGUCCUUCACACCUUGUAGCUCAGUUGUCUUCACCAAGGAAAAUCACACCUGAUUCCCGGAAGAUACUGAGCUCAAACUCAUGCACGGAGACCGUCCCUGACCCACAGAGCAUCUUUGCCAGGAAUUGCUUUAGAGCAGGUGCUCUGUGGUCAGUGUGCUUUGGGGAGCUGUGGUGGAUUUGUCACCAACUGAGAGACUGAUGCCUGGUACCUCAAAAGCAAAAUGAGAACAGGAUAUGAUGAUGAUGGUUAAGGUUCAGAAGCCACCUCACACUUGGGUUAACCCACCUCCAGAUGAAUACAGAGCUAGUAGGUAUCCUAGGCCAUCAGCUGCAUGAAACCUUUGUCAGCCAGCAUCUGAGGGGAGAGAAAGAGGCUGUUCAUUGGAGUCAAAGCCCUGGCUCUGCUGUGUGAGCUUUGGCAGCAGGCAUUAAUGUCUCUGAACUAGUUUCCUCAUCUGGAACACGGGAUGAUAGUGCCAGGUCUCCUACGGAAUGGUGCUGAGAGUUAGUACAGAUCAUGAAGGACUGGGCACGUGGAAGGGGGUGCUGUCUUGCUAUCUGUUUUUUGUUUGUUUGUUUUCUUUUUUUAAGUAAAAGAUUAAUUCAGAGAGAGAUCACACUCCAUAGACAGAGUGUAGGCCAUGUCAGAGGGCCAGAGAGGCCACACAGCACUGGGAGGGGCUGCAGUUUAGUUUAAAGUAAAAGUAGAUACACACUCCAUAGGGUGCACGCCGUCUCCGAAAACGAGAGCGAGCGACUGGGGGUGCCGUCUUGAGAGGACAGGUCUAGAGCCAGCACCCUGGCCACUCCUGGGCCCUGUGCUCUUUGCUCUGCCUCCACCCCUCCAGUAGGGGCAGCUUGUUUUUUCUCUCCUGCAGCACUAUUCCCUUAGUUUAGAAUGCGCACUGAGAUCUCCCGGGCUUCCGGCUCCAGGUAGCCCCUGGAAUCAAUGUCACCCUGUGUUCACCACGUCUCGGGGGUGUAGUCAUCAGUGGCCUCUAACCAUCCCGCCCACGGGCCUGCAAGGGCAGGGAACAUGGUUGGGGAGGAGCACAUUCUUUGCCCUCAGACCCUGAGGCCACACCGAGGGCAGACUGGACUCACCCAGGGUCCACACCUAGCCCGCCCCUGCCCCUAGGAUUUCCCUCCCCCACCCCCCUCCACACCCUGCAGGCCUCUUCCAUCUUGCACUAGUGUGUGUGAGCAGAGGGGAGAGCCAAGGGGAGGAGAAGGGCAGGUCUGAAGUUGAGAGAUAGUGCUCCACAGGGCUGUCAUGUGGAUGAGUGAAGUCAAGACCUCAAAGCCCUCUGAACCUGCCUGGGCUGUGCCAGUGUCAGUUGCCAGUAAUGGUGUGUACCCAGGAGAGGGACUGGGGAAAUGGUAUCUGCUCCUAAGUGUAGCAGGUGAGGGCCCAGAGGGUGUAGGAUCAACAAGUGACUGGGAAGAAGGUGAAGAAAGAUUCAGCUGCUGUGCUAUUCCUGGGGACAGGCGGGCAGGUUUUCCUAAGCUGUGGAAGGGCCUGGGCAAAACCUUUUUGCAAGGAGCCUGGAGAGAAAGGAUAUAUUAGGCCUGGGAUGGGGCACAGGCUGACUCAGCCCACUAGGCACCUGGUCGGGGAGAACCCAGUGGUCCCAGGAGCUACCCUUCUAAUGCCAUGGCCCUCCGCCCCCAGCUUGGUUCGGAGUGCACUGCCCACACCUCCCAAGCACUCCUGGAGGGAGGACUGUCUUCAGCCAGUAGUGUGGAUGGUGAAAGGGCUUGCCCAAGGACACACAGUGGUGGGGCUCUCACUGAGCCAGCGUCUGAGUCAGCCCAGAGCCCUGCUCCCAUCACACCACACUGCUUUCCUCUGUGGGGACGUGUGGAGAGGCCGCAGGGCCCCUGGCUCCCUGACUCUUGGCUCCUUCAUGCCCAGUUAGGGCCUCUGCCUCUUGUUCUGGGACAUUGUUGAGGAAGUCAGGGGCUGGCAGCCCCUCUGCCAGAAGGACUUGACAUUAAGAUGACAACACAGGGGAAGGUAACCAAAACUAUCCCCCUGAAGCCAGUGUAAACAAGGUAAAAGCCUUGUUGCCAGGAAGAGGCAGAUUUUGGUAUCUGAGGAGCACAGGGCAGUCUGAGUACAGUAAAGCAGCCUGUUGUGGGCAGCCCAUCAGUGGCAUGGUGACGUAGGGUGGUAAAAGAAUUUACCAGAGAUAAAGUACAGGAAUAGAAGAAGAGUUCAGUAGCGCACACUGCCAUAGACAACAGAGGGCCAUACAGAUGAGAGGCGCCUGUGUGAGCACCAAGGGCUGGUUUUGGGGGUCUUUUAUGAGGUCGGGUCACAAGGUGCCUGAUCGGCUUGCGCACAAGACUCAGAUUGGUUGUAGGUGACGUAAAGGUUUAGGGUCUGUGAAGGGCCAUGGGUUUUAAGACUCUGUUAAGGUGGGCUGAAAUAAGCCAGCCUGAGCUAUUGUGAGAUUAGGCAUUACCUAGGGCUGUUAGUUUGUUAGGGCAAAUAUGCCCAGUAAAGAAUGUGCUUCAUCAGUUGAGGGGUCACAGGCUGACAUCUGAGAGCCCAGAAAUGGGGGUCGUUGGACUUUAAAGGACAUCAGCUGCCCCAGUCAGCCCUCCCUGUGGGUGCAUCUAGGUAUGUUAAGAAGCAGUCAAUGGGAUCCCGUGGGCCCUGCAAGGUCAGCCUGUGUGCAGCUGGACUGCGCCAGGCACUUCUGAGGUGUGAAGCAAACCCUCCCACACCUCCCCAGCUCAGAGAGACAGGCAGGUAAUGUUUUGUGUUGCUAGUUCCUGAGAGAAGUAAUAUCAACUACUGCCAUCUGGGAAGCCCGUCUACCCACGAAUACAAACCGUGCUAAGUGUUUUGUGAGCGUUACCUCAAGUCCUCCUCACGCCCGCCCUGAGAGGUAUUACUGCUGGGUCCGUGUUUCACCAAAGUGAAAGUUAGUAAGAGAUUACCAGCUAGUCUUACCAGCUCAUGACUCAGGUCUAUCCACAUCGCAAAACCUCACUGUUAAGCCCGUCCACCCCACCUCCCCAAGCACCCUCUUUAGCUGUUGUCAGCAGGUUCUCCAUAUUUCAACAAAUGAUUUUUGUGAUGCGUGAGCCAAAAAGACCACUUUAAGCCUGUUGAGCAGGUUGCUGGGACCUAAUAAACAUGCGCAAACAAGUGUCUGA